AUGGCCUCCAAAUGUGCAGCUCCAGCUAGCUUAGCACUACCGACAGUGCUUCGUGGAAUCUUGCGCUCGAAUUUCACCCAAAUCCAGCGCCCUUCCCCUUUAAUUGCUUGUCACCGCCGACCAUACCAACCUAGGUCAUUCAGCUCGACCACUGCGUUUUAUCACGACCCGAAACAACAUGUAGCACCUGAACAAAAAGGAAGCUCUGCUACUAAGUCUUCCAACGAUAUAAUUGAAACUCUUGUCGAUUCCAGUUCACACUCAUCCGAUUCCCCCAAGCGCCCAUCAAACAAACCCAAAAAAUUCGACGGCGCAACAAAAAAGACCUACGAUCGCAAAUAUUCCAAAAGCUCGGACAAGAAGAAUCAAUUUCAUCCAAAGACAAAAAAGUUUGAGCACUGGCAAAUUCAGAAAGACGCUCUUGACAAGAAAUUCCCCGACGGCUGGAAUCCUCAAAAGAAGUUGUCUCCUGAUGCCAUGGAUGGAAUCCGUCAGCUUCAUGCAAGUGCUCCUGAGAAAUUCACCACCGCUGUGCUGUCCAAAGAAUUCAAGGUUUCACCUGAAUCAAUCCGCCGCAUCUUGAAGAGCAAAUGGAAGCCAUCUGGCGAUGAGAUGGAGAGUCGACGCAAACGAUGGGAAAAGAGACAUGAGAGGAUCUGGAGUCAUAUGGCCGAGCUUGGACUUCGACCAAUGACGAAAUCCUCCCAAUCUUUGUCUGAUUCUAGAAAGUUAUAUCAGGAAGAUAAGAAGAAGGACCAAGAGGGUUCUGAUGCAAAGGAAGAGCAAGGCGAUAAGCCCGAGGAAGGCAAGGAAGACAAGCAAUAG